GAGUGGGGUUAGCUGGCGGCAGAGUAAGAGGAACGACGAGGAGAGGGGGUGUCCCGGCUCUCGGCAACGGCUCGAAGCCAGCCGGUCUCGUUGGACCUGGAGGGAGUUGGGAACAGAGUUGCCGGAGUUGCCAGACGAGUUUCUGCCGAGGCAGGACGAGCUCACUUUCAUGGCUCUCUGACAGCUUGGCCGGCGGUCGAUGGUGUCUAUGUUCCUCGGAUCGAGUCGCUUGAAAAGAUCAGUGUGAAGUGAAUGGGAUCGAUCGGAGUUUGAGAAGGUGUCAUAUGGUGGUCGGAUAUUUCAGCGAAAUUGAAGAUUUAACGAGCGAUUGCUAGAACUUUUCCGAUGCAUCGUGGACAUUGAUCGAAAGUUAGAAAGAUUAUCGUCGAUAAAAUAGUGUAAAGUGUGUAUGGUUAGGAAAAAGAUUGUAAAGAAUUCUAACGUCAUAGAGAACGAGUGCGUAGAAGAGCUCUGGUGACCGUCGCUCGCGAAGGAGGCACGAAGAAAGAAGUUGGUGCACCUGCCGCAGUGGUUCUCGUGGCGCCACUCACGUGUUGCAUGCGUGCCGUGCUAUCCAUCAUGGUCGCAAGCUUGGAGCAGCUCUGAUUGGUCGGUGCCGCGGUCACGUGGUAUGGUAAUUGGGCUUCGGUGGGCGGGAAGGAGCGAACGAGGCCGCGGAGCUUCGUGGAAGAUCGCAAAAGUGGCGGAAGGAGAGGAGAGGAUAAGCAGCUGUCCACCGGGAGUCUGCUACUCUCCGUGGUCUUGCUCUUUUCGCUCGUUUUCUCUCCCCCUGUCUUUCUCCCUUUUCCGUCUUCUGCGUCUAGACGCGGUACCCUUUCCCCUCCGGUGGAAAAAGUCACCCUGCUCGCGGCGGCAGAGAGGGAUGUCGGCCACGGGCCACAGUGCAGUGCGGUGUAUACGCUUCCAACAAUGAAUAUCAUCAACAUGGAACCGUGCGAUUCUAUGAAUUAAACCCGCAACGUCGACGGAGGGUGGGACUAACUGAAAAGCUAUCGUGAUUACCGUCGAUCGUUGUUUGGCGUGUGACGAGAGUCGAAUCGUGGAAUCGGGCGUCGCGGGACGAAGAAUUCACGCAAACAUGAGUUCAUUUCUGAUGAAUCCAUCCACCGGCGGUGGAUAUCAUCAUCACCAACACCAACAGGCAGCUAGCAGCCAUCAUUUGGCCGCCACUUCCGUGAUGGUGGAUCCAAAGUUUCCUCCUAGCGAGGAAUACAGUCAGAGCAACUACAUCCCGUCCACUGGAGCGGAUUUCUUUCCGGCUAGCGGGGGUGGUCACCACUUGAAUCAUCCGCAGUCUCAUCAGCUACAAUAUGGUUAUCAUCAACAUCAUCAUCAAGCGGCGUCCACUCCUUAUGGAGCGUCGUCCGCGGUGCAGCUGAACGGCGGCUAUGCCGGCUAUGGUAGCUACUAUGGGCCGCAUCAUCCUCAUCAUCAAGUGCACGCCGUUCAUCACGCGAGCCUGCAUCCUCAUCAUCACGCGGUGGGCGCCUUGGCGAUGCCGCCGGAGGCUCAACAACCGCCGCUCACGUGCCCAUCGUCGAUGCAGAACCAGCAACAGCCACAACAACAGCAACCACCUGUGUCCGCAUCGACUGUUCUCGGCUCCACUCCACUAUCACCGGGUAUUAUGCAGAAUCAUGUGCAGCCGCCGGAUAGUCUUCAACAUCAUCAACAGCCCAGUCAACAGCAGACACCGCACGAAAGUAACGCGUGCAGUCCGGCGAGUUCUAGUCAGCUGCAUCGUGACAAUUCGCCGGAUCUUCAGCAGCAAUCGGCUACCGGUCAACAGUCUCAACAUAUACAAAACUCGCAGCAACAGCAACCGACGCAACAGCAGCAACAGAACCAACAGCAGUCGCAGCAACAGCAUCACGUGGACGAGGGAUCCGAUCAGGACGACAUGGAAGAUGAUCAAAUGAUGGACGGGUCGCCGGGCAUGCUGGAGGAUGAGGAAGAGGAAGAGGAGAACGGGGACCGUGUGAUUUAUCCGUGGAUGAAGAAGAUUCACGUUGCCGGUGUCGCGAACGGCUCGUACCAGCCAGGGAUGGAGCCGAAGCGACAGAGGACCGCGUACACGAGGCACCAGAUCCUCGAGCUGGAGAAGGAAUUCCAUUACAAUAGGUACCUGACGAGACGGCGACGGAUCGAGAUCGCUCAUACCCUGGUGUUGUCCGAGCGGCAGAUUAAGAUCUGGUUCCAGAACCGGCGCAUGAAGUGGAAGAAAGAUAACAAGCUGCCGAACACGAAGAACGUGCGCAGGAAGAACGCGAACGGUCAGACAGCGCCGCCGUCGGCGAAACCGGCUAAGACGCCGGCCACCAGAUCGAAAUUGGCAACCGGGAACAACAAUAGUCAAAGGAAGAACAACAACAAUUCCCCGUCGAGUGGAAUCGACGCUAGUUUGGACUCGGGCGUUGGUUUGACGGACAUGGCAGAAGUGCACGCGGUGAACGCCGCUCUUCCGCAUACGAACGUGGUUCAUCCGAGUUUCCAAGGUCACCCGCAUCCUCUGGCCCAUCUUCAAGCACAGCUGAGUCAUCAUCAUGUGAGUGGCAUGAUGGAGGGCCCGACGGGAGGACCGUUGGGACACAUCGGCUCCGGAAGUAUUAGUCCUCUUGCCCCGGCGACCAGUCCGUCUGGACUGUCGCAGGUCUCCGCGCCCAUUCCGCCACCGGCGGUCAAGUCCGAUUACGGGCUAACGGCGCUGUAACAUCCGUCCGGGGAACCGGACUGUUCAAGUCGACUGCCGGGCUUUGUUGGUACUGCUGGUCAGGGGUUCGUUGCUGUUUGGUCGUAAAAGCAUUCGUCUUCAAUUCGUUGGCUAUUUAUCGAGUGAGCUGGAGUUUCACGAAACCGUCGAAGAGAUUGGACGAAUGGAAAACGAGGUGGACAAAUUGUUUCAACGAUUGAAGGACAUAGUCGGCUACUACUGAACGCAUCAGGGCAGACACUUACAGAGGAAGAGCUGCGUCAUCCUUUGAUCCUUGCUCCAACGAAUCAUUGUUUGAUGGAUGAUCUGUCCGGCAAGAAAGAGAUUUGAGUAGCCGGAAGCGCGGAUCCUCCAUUACAACCAGCAGCAGUUCUCCAGGACGAAUUCUGGUAUAAUUUGGCGUUGGCCUAGAAAGGAACAUCAGUUACUGGAACGUGGUCUAGAAGCCAGGGUGAUUCGCGCAAAUCGCUCGUCUAUUGUGUCUCAGUCGAAACAGUGACCUGAAUACACAAAGGAUGGGACUGAAGUUUCCUGCGGUCUUUCUCCUUCCCAACACGGCUGAGUCAUCAUCAUCUGGAUGAUACGGCGGACGAUCGAGCGGCUGGUCUGGUAAAACAAAUGGGCGCUCACGAUGUCGGUUACUAAUUUUCUUCACUCUCGGUGCUCUCUGACCGUUCGGGUUCACAGCGUCUGUCAGAGGAUCGUCGAGGUAACAGGGACGCUAAACAACGUCUCUAGCGCUAGGUCUUUGCAAGUGAGAAGUACUCGAAGACUGAGUGACGAUGUCGAGGACGUUUGUCAAGUGUCACUAGGUGUAGAAAACAGGGUGCAGGAUUUACAAGCUCUGGUCAGGAACUGAUAGACACGGGACAGUUUAUAAAAGAGUGUGGAAAGAUGUGAGUUAUCGUCUGAAACUUUGUGAAAGAACGUCAGGCCGACAACUGGCGAGUGUUCGUGUGUAGCGUUGAGAAACUGCACUCGAUACGUCAAAGUUUCUUCUUUCUAACGAUCCAAUUCUCCGCGUUUCAAGAACUUCCGCCUUCUUCCCUUGCGUUACUUCUAUCGGGUUCUUGUAACAUUGGAAAUUCCGUGAAAAUUCAUUGAAAAUAUUUUACGGCACACUAUCGGGCUUUUCAAAAGUCGAAGCUUUGAAUCCAAUCUUCCACUAUGACUCCUCCUUUUGUCGAGAACUGUGUUUCGAUAGAUAACCGGCCCUCGAUCCAAAGGUAAAAAGGGAGAUGGGAGAAAGGAAUCGAUUCGUUCCACGACGCGUGAAACUGUACAUACACCUGGUUAACGUACGCCAUGUAUAUAGUCGUGUAAAGAAAUUCUUAUUGCUAUGUGAUUAAAGUGCAUCGUAUUUCGUAUGUCAUUACGUAAGUGUGCGGUCUUAGUGUCUUAAGUAUUCGAUAUGGAACUGUGACGGAACGUUUCAGUCACGAAAAUACAUUUAUGUUCAGCAAGCGUCGAAUCGUUGAACAUUGUUUCAUCGUGUAGAAGAGGAAUUCGUUUCGAAGGAAAUGUACAGUGACGCCUGCGUUUCGAUAUGAACAUAUUUAUGGAAAAAUAAAUGAGAAGAGGUUAAUAAAGUAGCGAUGAAAAUAACUGAGAAUAUUUGUCUAUAAAUAUCAUGCGGAUUUAGCAGCGUUUUCUUUCACUUUAGCAAGAUCACUAGAAUCCCACUUCACCACAUCCCAUUUCCAUUCUUUUUCAAAUUUCCUGUUCAUUUGUUCAAUGGUUGUUGAAUUUGCCAGAGUUGCUUGCUUAUGGAACCGGAGUUCGUUGUCCGUGGCAAAGUGGAAACUUCCUGUACUCGUCAGACAGGCCGUAGCGAGAUCGUCGGACCGAACGAGGCUCUGGCCAAAUCUCCUGAAAUUCACUUGAAGCUCGCGUCACGUGCAUGUUGUAAAUAGCGCUGCGAGAUAUCGUCUAUUUUUAUCGAGAAAGUAUACCGACGACCAAUAACAAGGAUUUAGAUUACAAAAGGAUGUAGCAAGUGGCGCCAAACGAAUCGAUGUAUUGCGAGAGCGAGAGAAAGAGAGCGAGCGAGAGAGAGAGAGAAUAGCAAUGAAACGUUGAUUUAAAUGCACAGAGUCGCUGUGACGAUAUACCAAAACGAUGUUUAUCUGAUUAAAUAUAAGAAUAUAGAGAUAUUAAGAAACAUUAAACACGUUCUAUUCGGAAUGGACGAGGAUGAAAGGCGGUCAUAGUGUAAUUAGCCAGUUCUAAGCAAGUGCACGAGUUUACAAGAACGUUCUAUUAAGUGUGACAUUAUAUUCCUUGACAUUCUACCGAUAAUGUAUAUAGCCUGUACGAUAAGAAUCGGCACACUUCGAUGAUUAUGUUUAUAUUGAUCGUAGUGAUCGAUUAAGAUACAAUCGUGAAGUAAAUUGAAUCAAUAAAUAAAUGUUUCGUAAUUUA